AUGGGUGAAAUUAUUAAAUAUAAAGGAUUUGAUCAUUUAUGGCAAUACUCUGGACCGUGGUUAUAUUGUCUAAUUGGGGUCUAUAUUAGCUUGCCAGUGUUAGCUUACCAUAUAUUGCCUUGGAUAUUUCAUAAAAACAGGUCCAGUAAACGGAAAACUAUAUCAAUUUUUGUACUAGGGGACUUGGGCCAUUCACCUAGAAUGUGUUACCAUGCGUCAUCGUUCAGUAAGUUGGAUUACUAUGUGAAUUUAUGUGGUUAUGUCGAAACAGAACCAUCACACCAAAUUGUUGAUGAUGUAAAUAUUGAUAUCAUUCCAAUAGAGGCUAUCAAAAAUACCAACAAUUUGCCCUUUAUCGUUUUUGCUAUUCUUAAAGUCCUAAAACAAUGUGGGAAAAUUUGGAGCAUAUUAUGGGACACCAGAGGAUCAGAUUAUAUUAUGAUACAGAACCCUCCCAGUAUUCCCAUACUAUUGAUUGUGAUGUUGUUCAAGACAAUUUUCAGUCGAGAAACCAAGUUAAUUAUUGACUGGCACAAUUUGAAUUAUACAAUUUUGAAUUUGAGAUACAAUAAUUUAAACCACCCACUUGUGAAAUUGGUGAAACUAUAUGAAAUGUUUUUGGGGAAAUUUGCCAAUCUUAAUAUAACAGUCACGAAAAGUAUGAGGAAAUAUUUAGUCAAAGAAUUUGGAUUUCAAAAGUCAAAAAUUGUUACAUUGUACGAUAGGCCAGGAGCUCAAUUCCAGCCUUUGUCGAAUAAGAGAGAGUUUAUGUCAGGGCAUAAGUUGUUUGCAGACAUUGACAUUGAAAAAUAUAAGGUGUUAAUUAGUUCAACUUCAUUUACUCCUGAUGAGGAUUUUAAUAUCCUACUAGAUGCAUUGAAAGGUUAUGAGAGUACACCAAACACUCCACCAAUAUUAUUAAUUGUUACUGGUAAAGGACCUUUGAAGGAAAAAUUUUUGGAGACAGUAGAUAGGUUAGAGUUUACGAACAAAGUUUGUGUGAAAAGUGCAUGGUUAAGUUCAGAGGACUAUCCUAAAGUUCUAGCAUGCGCUGAUUUGGGUAUUUCAUUACACACAUCUUCCAGUGGCAUAGAUUUGCCAAUGAAAAUUGUUGAUUUUUUCGGUUGUGGUGUCCCUGUUGUGUCUCUAGAUUUCCCAGCAAUAGACGAAUUAGUGAAGAACAGCGUCAAUGGACUACUCACAAACAGUAAAUCAGACCAAACUAAGGAGGUGACUCGUUUGAUCACUGGGGUAUUUACUGAUGGUACGUUGUUAAGAUCACUAAAGGAAGGAGCUUUAGAGGAGAGUAACUCCAGAUGGGACGAAAACUGGAUGCAAACUUUUGGUUCUAUAUUUGAAAAUAAGUCCUAA